AUGAAGUUCCUCAGCAGUCUGCGAUCUAAAACCCUACUGAAGGGCCGCAGCGGUGGCGGAGAUUUAAAGACAUCGAACAUCGACGACAAUGACAUUGAUACGCAAUCUUCAUUCCCUCCUAAUCCCACCUUCGGGUACUCCCAAAGUCUCCUGACCCGACUCUUCUCAUACGUCUGCCCACACUCACAGGAUGGCAGCUACAAUUCGUGCGAGGACUCCCAAAUGGACGGUGGUUGCAUGCUUUGCGACAUGAGAGAUCUAGCGCAAUGUGCAACGGUCACCCGCCACUGGGCCCCAGCUGCACAAAGUCUACUGUAUCAGAAUGUACGUCUAGAUUCUGUCCACUACUGUAAUCGAGAGCCCGACUUGGUUGCAGGAAGACGAAGAUCGUCUUUCGGCAGUCACGCUGGCAGUCUUCGAGAUCCCGCAAAAGAACGCUUACAGCUUUUCGCUCGCACUGUGAGGGAAAGGACACCCUUAGCAGAUCAUGUGCAGACAUUGAAGCUACCAUAUAUGACAAGAGAGAAUGCUAAGGCCGAUUUGGCCCGAGCCGUGUCGGUGCUACACAAUCUCAAUUACAUUGACUUGCCAGAGGGUGUGUUCAGCAACAAUCCGACAUCGAGCGUGCUCCUUGAAGAAUUGCGAGUAUGCUGUCCAAACCUACGUUGGAUGAGAUAUGCCUCUGGUGCUGAAGAGACCUUUGCUGCUUUGGGUCUGUGUGAUCAUUGGCGUCGUCUCGAACAAUUGCAGCUCCACCAUCUCGCUGCGGACACAGACACUGUUUCCAAGGUUUUGUCAUCCUUGCCUGCUCUUUCCGCCGUGGAAAUUAAGGGACUUCCAUACUUUGACGACUCAAGCUUCUUGUCGCAGGUAGGGUCGUCUCGCUUCCCACCUGUGACAAAAAUGCAUCUUUACGACCUUCCAACUUUGACGAUAAACGGCCUGGCAAGCUACCUUUCCGAACCUCGCGUCCGGAAUACGAUUUCUUCGUUGACACUUUCGAACACUGGCAUCGAGAUCUCAAUCCUUCAUACAGUACUUGCCCUGUGUCCAAAACUUGAAACGCUACGGGUCGUUCAAAACGUCAAGAGACCCUUUCCGUUAAAAAGUAUCCCAAGCCUCGAAAGUCCAUCUCUCAAUACUUUUCAUUAUGAAAUAAGUACUACAAACUCCAGUGGAUACAACGCUUCGGCCCCCAUAGACAGCUACUAUAGCUACCUGGCAAAAUCAGUCCUAAGCAGUUCACUCCCCUUACUCAGUGAACUGUAUGCGCUUUCCGAGCGCCUGCCAUUCCUUCUUUCUCCUGGGCCUGGUAGCAGAAGAACUUCAGCCGGUGUCAAUGAAUUAUCAGAGUUGGCAGAAAAUUUCACUCAAAGACUGAAUCUCUAUACCAAAUCCGUCAGUGAGCUGGAGUGGAAUCUGACCGUUAUAAACCCCACAAGUGCCAAUCACUUCCGAGACUAUUCGCCACGUACAAGACCGCUGAGUCUUGCGAAUCCUCUUCCGUUAAGCCCACAAUGGCGGGAUCCUGCCCGCCAAAGUGUUGUGGUUGGCAACGGAUUUGGUGGAUAUCUCACUGUCCCCGAUCAAUCGGGAAGACCUACGAGUCCAGGUCAGAAAUCUCUCCGGAAGGAACCAGAUGCUUGGAUGGGCUGA